AUGUUUUGGCAUAAGUCAUUGCCAGCUCUCACGAUGGGAAUCCUCGGGCCCAGGACCGGCACUGCGAAAAAGCUUCCCUCGGACAACAUAAUGGGCACGCCUCCUGAUACCCCUGAGUCGAGUCCUGCCCCGGAUUUGCAGCCUAUGGCCACCCCCAAACUGCGGGGGGCUCUCCUCAAGCAACCACUACCCACACCCCCAGACACUGGGCUUGCGCUCAAUGUCCCGAAAGCUCAUGAUUUUGGAUCCUUCAUGGAUGUCACAACACCUCCAGAAGUUGAAGAAACGCCUGCGACCCCGACAACAGAAGACGGGCCAGAAAGUCCCACCUCCCAGCUUACCCAAGAAGCCUCGAGGUUUUGGGGAGAAGACUUCUCAGACAAAGCCUCAACAGUACUCACAACACCAUCCGAAGCUCCCUUCACCCCCUCAAAAUCAGGAUACCGCUAUCCACACCACGUCGACGACCUAAUCUUCGACUGCGAAGACUCCCCCGAGACCCCAGACACUCAGCUAACCCAAGAAGCCUCCCGCUUCUGGGACGACACCCCCGACACCCCCUUCACAGCCCCCUCCUCAGCACCAUCCCUAGCAGGAACCCCAUCAAAACCUCUCCCAGGAAAAACCCGCCACUUGCUGCCUAGACAACCCGGCCUCAAAACCCCCCUCCCAUGCACCAACUGCGGCUCUCUAAUCUCAUCCAACCACCAACACCCCCUCCAAUGCACCCAUCUCCUCUGUCCCACCUGCACGAGGCAAAUCCUCAUCACCUCCCUCAUCUCCAAACCCUUCGUCCCAGCAGCCUGCCCUUGCUCUGCCUCGACCCCGAUCCCGAAAUCCAUCCUCCGACAAUCAGUAACCUACCUGCAAUUCAUGGCCUACGCCGACAAACUCGCCGAAAACUCCAUUCCUGCCGGUCAGAGGUUGUACUGCCACAACCCCCAAUGCAAAAGAUUCAUCAACCCGAAGCUGGACGUGAAAAAGGGAGGGAAAGUAGGGACGUGUGGGCAUUGUGGGGGAAAUACGUGCAAGAGGUGCGGGCAGAAGGGGCAUAUGUUUGGGGUUAGUCAGCAGACUUGUAAGUUACCUACCUCGACGAGGAGAAAGAAGGAGAGGAUGAGAGGCUGA